AUGAAAUGCUUCCCCAUUCUGCUGCUGGUCAGCUUAGCUUCCACCUCUCUCGCCAUCCUUAAUGAGCAAGAAGAUGAAAUCCACUUGGAGCCUCAGCCCAUACAUGCCCCUACUCAGCUGAUUCCUGAAAAGAACCAUGUCUCCAUUGAAAACUCUUCUGAGGAAACUCCCAUUUCCAGCGAAGAGCUGGGUUUUGAAGAGGAAGAUGUGAUCAAAUCUACCAGGAGACCAAAGAGUCAAAAGCUCGAGCUGCUUCACCCCAUCCCCCAGGAGGCCAGUUUCAGAAAUGCUGCCCCUCAGUCAGAAGAAACUACGGAACUCACUCUGAGGGCUGAGAGGAGCCAAGCAACCACCCCAGAGGGAACACUGGCCAAGCUCGGCCAUAAAAUCGGGAAGAAUUUGGACAAAACCGUGAAAGAGACCGUGAACUAUCUGAAAAGCCUACUCCCUCAUGCCUAUGAAGUCACGAGGCCCUAG